AUUUGACAGCACUAUUUUUAUCGUUAUCGAAUUUGAAAUUACUUCUACCAUUUCAUCAAACUCCCAUUUUUUUUAAAUCAAAAUUUGUAAAAUGGACGUUAAGUGGAAUCGAACUUGGAAACGUCUGGUACGAGAGCAUUUUAAGAACCAAGUUAAAAUUCAGCGCUUGCAUCAUGAGCUUCAGCGCUUUCAAAAUAAACACAACCGCAUUCAGCGGAAUAUCGACAAUGAGGUUCAUGACUAUGAGUACAAGGUCCAAUUAUUAAACAACUUGCGUACUGAAUUAGACAACUAUGUGGAACGCAACAAAAGAAAAUUAUCGUCGACUAAGCGCGAAACGAUUAAAAAAUUGCGUGAAAUCUUGCCUGGUGAUUCUUUAGCUAAACAGGUGAAGCAAAUGGAAUUAUUUGCGACAAAAAUGGAUUCCACUCAAGGCCAAGAGACAACUUCUGAGGCCAGAGUAUCCUUGGCCCAGGUGAAGACAAAGCCGGCAGUUGAAAAACGUUUAGCCAGAAUAGAAGCUGACAGAAAGGCAUUAGAAAGGAUCAAUCAUAGAACUUUUGUGGCCAUGAAUGAUAUUCGCCAAUUGCAAUUUACUCUACGAUAUUUAAAGCGCUCUCAGUGCAACAAAUUAAAGGUAAAUCCGUACAUUGAUCGAACCAAUUGGCUAGAGGUGACAGCGAAACCAGAAGCAAAGAAUAUCAGUGCCACCAUAGCAUUGAAAUGUUUACAGAAAUCAAAUAAGAACAACAAAAACAUCGUUACUAAGCAAAUUCUUGAUGUUCGACCACCAUUUAUACUUAAGAACAUACCUGAACUAAUGCCAGAUAGGUAUCAUUACCUUAACAAGACAGAAAUGGAUAAUAAGUAAAAGAUGUUGAAUAAUAAUUUAUUAAGCCAGAAUUAGUCUACCUAAGCCUAAGUCUAAUCUUGUCCAGCUCCAUAUCUUCCUUACAGUCAUAUAUACAUACAUACAAAUACAGUUUACAAAUAACCAACAAUCUUUGUUGCAUAUGGCCUGCCUCUUAGCUUUUAUGCGCAUCUUCUACUCUCAACAGAAUCCUGGAUUUGUGUGCUCGAUAAUGCAACGCUUGCAGUAUUUUUUCACCGCUCGAUAGCCCUCAAUGGAUAUCUGGCAAUCUUGUAUGUUAAGCUGCUGUAGUCCCCGACAAUAGUAUGCUAUGCACUGGACUCCACGAUCCGUGAUCAUAUCACAAUUUCUUAAGCUCAGUUUCUUCAAAUUCGGACAGCUUUCGGCAAGAGCUCGCAGUCCGGCGUCGCUCACAUCGCAUUUGCCGAUGUCUAAGGCUCGCAACCGUGGGCAGGAUCUGGCCAAUACUGUUAUGGAAUCAUCGCUCACUGCCUCGCAGCCACGAGAAUUCAAAUAACGUAACUUAUAGCAACGUCUAGCUAUGACUUUUAAUCCUGCAUCCGACACCCGUUCGCACUUGGCUACUGAUAGAUACCGUAAUGCGGCCCCCAAUUUUGCCAAUUCGUACAAUCCAAAAUCCGUAA